GUUCAUGACGUCUAAUGUCUGUCUUCUCUGCGAAGAUGUUAUGAAAGCCGCGCAAGCACGAAGAUGUAGUUUACAAAAUCCUUGAUAUUUAUGUCUCAUUUUCUGCUUUUAAACGAUCCCAGAAGCAGCUGUGGGUGACGGCCCCAUGAGUCAAGUUCAGGCUCUCCUCUGGCUUCUAUGUGUCCUGUACCUGGUCUUGGCCAGUUCUGGUUCUGGUCCUGAUCCUCAUGGGAGUAAUAUCACACUGAGCCAUGAGUACUGUGUGCUGGGAGCUGGACCUGCAGGACUCCAGAUGGGCUAUUUUCUCUCCAGAAGACAGAGAGAUUAUAUCAUUCUGGAGCGAAACUCUGGACCGGGCAGCUUCUUCAACAAAUAUCCUCGCCACAGAAAACUCAUUAGCAUUAACAAAAUUUACACCGGGAGGCGGAACAGGGAAUUUAAUCUGCGCCAUGAUUGGAACUCUCUGUUGAGUGACAGGCCCAAUCUCCUGUUUCAGCGAAUAAGCAGAGAGCUUUACCCCCAUGCUGAUGACUUCCCACGAUAUCUCUCACUGUUUGUAGAAGAACUUGGACUGAAAGUUAAAUAUGGAGUUGAUAUCGGGAGAAUCAAAGCAUUUGAUUUUAAAGGACACCAAAGUUAUAUCCUGACCGAUCAGAAUGGCAUCCGUUAUCAGUGCCGGGUCCUUCUGGUCUCUACCGGGCUUUGGGUUCCUCAGCAGGUGGAUUUUCUUGGCUCUGAUCUGGUGGAAGGUUAUGAGAGUAUUCCCACCGAUCCCGAAGAGUUUAAAGGCCAAGCUGUGUUAAUCCUCGGCAAGGGAAACUCGGCCUUCGAGACGGCACAGAGCAUCUUGGGUAGAGCAAGCCGGAUACACUUGUACAGCCCCAGUCCUGUUAGACUGGCAUGGCAAACGCACUAUGUUGGGGACCUCAGGGCAGUGAAUAAUGAGUUAUUAGAUACAUACCAGCUAAAAUCUCUGGAUGGCCUAGUGGAGGGAAGACUGGAUGACAUUGCCAUUGUCCGUGGAGGGAAAACGGAGACGGGAAAGAAAACAAAUGGGAAAUCCGUGAAGGAAAAAGAACAGCUGUAUUUAACUCUGUCUGAACUUCUCGACCAUCAUAAUGGCAACACGAGUUCAAAGGUCACAGCCCAAAAUCUGCCUGGCUACCACACUGAUAACUUUUCGCUCAGACAGCCGUAUGACAGAGUGAUCCGAUGCCUGGGAUUCAAAUUCAACUUCUCCAUUUUUGACGGAUCUGCCCGUCCUCCUCAAAGCAGCGGUGCCCGGGGCCGAUUGCCAGGGGUAACAGCCUGGUACGAAGGCAGAGGAACGCCUAACUUGUUUGUGCUCGGCACGGCGGCACACUCCAGAGAUUAUCGUUUGUCAGCUGGAGGCUUUAUUCAUGGCUUUCGCUACACAGUACGUGCUGUUCAUAAAGUCCUGGAGCAACGUUACCAUAACAUUGCUUGGCCUGCUACAAACAUACCCAUCAGUCAGCUUCAAACAUGGAUUCUUAGACGGGUGAAUGAAGCUUCAGGGCCGUACCAGAUGUUUCAGGUUUUGGGAGACAUCAUUCUAUUGCGAGGGUCUCACUGUGAAUAUCUAGAGGAGUUUCCUUUACAAGCCCUGUCCCAGCUGUCUGCUUUAUCUGGACGGCAUGUCUCAGGACGUGGGCUCCUGGUUUUGGUUAUGCAGUAUGGACUGAACCACACUGAUACGCUGGGACCAGGUCGGGCUGAGUCAGAAUGGACCAAAGCCUGGAGAUCCAACUUUCUCCACCCAGUACUGUAUUACUACAAAACACUACCUACAGAAAAAGAGAUGAGACAGCGUCCAGCCGGUUGGCCCCUCCCACGACCCGAGGCAUUGCAUCACAUGGUCGAGGACUUUCUUACAGAAUGGGAUCAGCCCAUAUCACACAGCCAACCGCUCAGACGCUUCCUCGAGCACUGCAUACAAACUGACCUCAGACCAUUUUAUGCUGAAUCCUGUUUCCUCAUGUCUCUCACCAGUCGUAACCCACCCGUCUUCUGUCGUCAAGGUUAUUUAAGAAAGCAGGGCAUUAUAGGUAACGGUCACUUAUGGCAACAUGCCCGUGAGGCAGGACUUAUGCCAAAUCAUCGGGAAGAUGUUUCACAUGAGGAUGAUGACACACCAGUUCCUGAAUAUCUAACACGUGCGGGCGCUGCUGUCAUCUCAAGGGUUAACUUUGACCUUUGAGGGCAUCAAACCAAAGAUUAAAUCAGUUGUGCUUGUGAAAUUUUGUUCAGUCUACCUCCCAACUUUUGUAAACGGCAUUUCUGCAUGUUGAGAUUAUGAUCUUACAUAUCUGGUUAAACUAAUCGGUAUUACCAAAUUAUAGUUUUUAUAAGCCAAAUUAUAGCUUUGCAUAUUGUUUGAUGGUGUUGACUUAAUGCAUUAUUUAUUUUUUAUAUUAUUGACAAAGGUAUUUUAGAGAAAUAUUUUCAUGUGAAUACUUAACUGUGUUAUAGGUACAUGUAUUUAAAUGAUAAAGACAUUCUAUCUUUGAGUAACGUGUUUUGGGAUCCUAGUGAUAAUAAAUCACUAUACAAAUAAAUAGUUUGCUUAUAUAUGUGAAAUGUAACUUGUAUUUACGUAAAAAAAUGAGUUUAAAUAUUAACUUUAAAUGACUACAAUACCAGUUCAGAAUAGUAGACCUGAACAUUGCUGCUAGUACAAAUUAUAUGAAACGUUGCAUUGUAGCGUACAUCCAUACAAGAUAAACAGUUUAUGGGGAAUUCAGAAAUGUAUUAUUGUAGUACUUUUAUUUUUAUUAUUAAAAAUCAACUUUUAAUAUUUGAAAGAUUAUGUGAAAGGUGGAAAACAAGUUUCUAAAUUCAAUAAUGUUGAUCUUGAGUAUUAAGUUGCUUAUGUGUACAUUUUUGCUUAUGAAUAUGAACUUUAGCGAAUAAAAUAAACGUUAAAAAUAAAA